AUGGGAUGUCAUGUGAUAGAUGCUGCAGUUCCUCCAGAAGUGACUGGGCCAGCUGAGUCAGCAGAAACUACGGAUACCCUCAAGCUUUGUCCUCCUGAAGAGUUCCUGAAAAUCUAUCCAAUAAAGGAGAGAACAGACCGCACUCGCCUGGCUCUCAUCAUAUGCAAUAGAAAGUUUGAUCACCUUCAGCCCAGGAAAGGGGCUGAACUUGACAUCACAGGGAUGACAGAGUUGCUUAACGGCCUCGGCUACAGUGUGAGUGUGGAAAAGGAUCUCACAGCCAAGAGUGAAAAUAAAGUUAAAAAGCACAGGACCUCAGAUAGUACAUUCCUGGUGUUCAUGUCACAUGGCCUCCUGGAUAGACUCUGUGGGAAACAGCACAGCGAUGAAAACCCAGACGUGCUACCUUAUGACACCAUCUUUCGGAUAUUCAACAAUCGCAACUGCCCCAGUCUCAAGGACAAACCUAAGGUCAUCAUUGUCCAGGCCUGCAGAGGUGAAAAUCGCGGGGAAUUGUGGGUCAGUGACUCUCCAGCAGCCGUGACAGACAGCUCUUCCCAGUCACCUGAGAACCUGGAGGACGAUGCCGUUUACAAAGCACACGUGGAGAAGGACUUCAUUGCUUUCUGCUCCUCAACCCCACAUAACAUGUCCUGGAGAGACACUAGUAAAGGUUCUCGCUUCAUCACACAACUAAUCAGAUGCUUCCAAAAGUAUUCUUGGUGCUGUCACCUGGAGGAAGUAUUUCGGAAGGUUCAACUAUCAUUUGAAAAGCCAGAUGUUAGAGCCCAGAUGCCCACCAUUGAACGACUAUCCAUGUCAAGAUAUUUCUACCUCUUUCCUGGCAAUUGAAAAUAGUAAGUAUCAAAGCUGUUGGCAGGUAUAACAAAUGGGAAAGUGAUACUGGCGGUGAGGUUCAAUGGCUAAUGACAGCCAAUUGCUUGGGUAGUCAAAGUAAUGUUGCUUAUGGAUGUAGUUUAGUGACUAGAUGUUAUUGUUUUCCUCUACUUAUAUGAAUCUGGAUCCUUCUCAUCUUGAUAAUCAAUUAAUCAGUCAACCAAUCAAGGAGAAAAGCCCAACUAAGACGGGAAAUAAUAAACAAUCAAGGACACAGGGUAGUAAUUAUUAAAAGAUAAAUGUACUCAUGCUUCCAUUAUUUCUUGAUAUUUCUCUCUCACUACACACACACACACACACACACACACAGAGUUACCAAACAUUGCCUCAGGUCCUGGAAAGCAAAACAAACAAAAAAACAACAAC